UUCUCCCAACUCCGGGCGAACUUUCCUUAACCGCAGCACGGAACUCACCAUUGAAGCUCUCAGCUCUGCAGCAAAACCACAAAUCAAAUACGAGACGCACAUAGCGCCACGUCCACGUUGACGUUGACGUUGCCAAUGGCAUCGGCAUCUCUCUCUGUCUCCGUUUUCUCCUCCAAUCCCCCGCUCCCCUCCCGCCGCAGCUCCCCCUCGCCCUUGCCGUCAGCCGUCCGGUGCCGCCCCAUCCGCGCCGCCGCCGCCUGCGCGUCGACUGCCGAGAGGCCGAGGCCGAUGGUCGCCGGGGCCCACUCCCAGUCCUCGCUUUACGAGGUGCUGGGGAUCCGGGCCGGCGCCACGGGUCAGGAGAUCAAGACCGCCUACCGGAGGCUCGCCAGGGUCCUGCACCCGGACGUCGCCGCCUCGGCCGGCACGGCGGCCGCGGGGCGCGAGUUCAUGCGGGUCCACGAAGCGUACGCCACUCUCUCGGAUCCGGACCGGCGGGCCGACUACGACCGGACGCUGUUCCAGGUGCCUGGACGGUUCGCGGCGGCCGCCGCGGCGUCAGCGCGUGGGCCGAGUCGGAAGUGGGAGACGGAUCAGUGCUGGUAGCUGGGAGGACCCAUGAGUUAGUGUUAGAGAUCAGUUGAUAAGAUCCAGUUUGUUGGGCGAUAUGGAGGCCUGCAUUUUAAGUGGCUCCAUUUCUGAUCCCUGACGAAGAUUGAUACUCUUCUUUGAAGUGUUAGGAAUGAGUAUAUGUUUGCGUGCAUAUAAAUUCGCAGACGAGAUUCUGUAUCAGAUGUGAGCAGGCGCUCUUUUUUGACAGCCUGAACUCUUAAUGGAACUCUGUUUCCUUUGUUCUUUGAA